GAUCCGGCUACCGGAUCACACAUCUCUAGCAUGUUUAUGUCCUUUUUGUAUUGUCCUAUGUUUUGAUCAUGUUUUGGACUCUACCGAUCCCGUUUGUUAGCGCACUUCCUUGUUUUGUAUUGUCACCAUGGCAACCUAAGUAUGCCUCCUGCACGGACUCAUUACGCACACCUGUUUUGAAUUAUUUGUGUUGUAUUUAAGACCACCUGCUACCUUAGUUCCUCCUGGCUGUUUUGUUUGCUACUUGCAACACGCACGUUGGUUCUUAUUUUUGUAAUCACUAUUGCUAAGUCUCGCCUUAGCUUUGCGUGCGCUCUGCACCUCUAUUCCUGUACUCUGCUCUCGUUGCUAAUUAUUAGCAUAGCUCUCCGUGCAUUCGGCACGCCUUUUCUUUGCAUUUUGUACCAGUAUUAUUUUUGUUUUUGUAUUAAAUCUAAUCUUACCUGCAACUCCUGCCUGUCCUGGUCCUCUUGCAUCCCUGGGGUAGCAACACGCAUCCAUUAUGCCUCGCCAUCGUGUCAGAAAACAGCCAGCACAACGCCGCCUCGCAGUGGACCACCAAAAGUCUUCCCUUCGCCAAGCCGCGAAGACUUUUUCCCCGGACAGCAGCGCGCAGACAACAGCCCAGUACUCUUCCCUGAGGUUUGGAAGUUUUGUUUUUUCUCCAUAUUCCAACCACUCUUCCGACUGGGCUGUAAGGCCAGGGCAUACCUCCGGCCCACCGGUCCAUCACGGUGACGUCAUUUCGUCAACGCCCCCUGGUGACUCAAUACCACCCCCUGUCGAUGAUAUUUUUUCUGAGGAUUUUUAUAUUGUUGAGUCUUAUUCUCAACCUGUUUCAAAUAUUGACUAUGAUUUUUUGGACUCUAUAGACACAACUAAGUUCUAUACAGAUGUUAUUUCUAGAUGCAAACUAAGGCAACAUGAGCUACCUACUUUUCUUCCUCCACCUGUGUUUCCCCCGGUCAAGCCACUAAGGCCACCUAGACCUCCUCCACCGACUUUUCGACUCGCUAGUCCACUACCUCCAGUGCGCCCUCCACCACCGGUGUUCAAGCCUAGUCCCAGUCCUGGUCCGACUUCUGGCCAACAUUGUAGAUCAACUCGUAGACUGAGUCGUAGUCCGAGUCCUAGCCCAAGUCCUUGCUCAAGUCAUUCUCUUAAUGGUAGUCCAAGUCCCGGUCCCAGUUACGUACCUUCGUGUAGUCUUGAUCGUAGUCCGUGUCCUAAUUCCCCUCGUGGUCUUAGUCCUCACAGUAACCCUAGUCCUUGCCCAAAUUCUUGUCCGAGCCCCAGUGUCACUGUAAGUCCUAGUCUUUGUCCAAGUCCUUGCCCGAGCACCAGUAUGAUUGUAAGUCCCAGUCCUUGCCCUAGGUUGACCUCAAGUCCUAGUUCCUGCCCAAGCCCUGGUUCGACUGUAAGUCCUGGUCCUUGCCCAAGUCCUUAUAAAAGCACUAGUUUGAUUGUAAGUACUGGUCCUCACACAAGUCCUUGCCCAAGUCCUAGUGUUAGUCUAAAUCCUCAUAGUAGUCCUAGUCCUCCUCUCUGCCAGUCUCUUAGUGCUCCUCGGCUGACGCCGACACCUGCUCCUCGGCUGACGCCGACACCUGCUCCUCGGCUGACGCCGACACCUGCUCCUCGGCUGAAGCCGACACCUGCUCCUCGGCUGAAGCCGACUCCUGCUCCUCGGCUGAAGCCGACCCCUGCUCCUCGGCUGAAGCCGACUCCUGCUCCUCGGCUGAAGCCGACUCCUGCUCCUCGGCUGAAGCCGACUCCUGCUCCUGAUCUGCGGCCGGCCUCUACACCUGAUCCGCUGCCGGCCUCUGCACCUGAUCCGCUGCCGGCAUCCGCACCUGAUCCGCUGCCGGCAUCCGCACCUGAUCCGCUGCCGGCAUCCGCACCUGCUUCCCUGCCGGCAUCCGCACCUGCUUCCCUGCCGGCAUCCGCACCUGCUUCCCUGCUGGCAUCCACACCAGCAUUGGUGCCUGCUUCGGUUGCAGCCCCCGCGCCUUCGUCUGCUGCUGCCAAGCCUAGUCCUCCUCCACGUCGGCCACGGGUGUGGCCGUACCCUGGGCGUCCGCCUCAGCAGGCGCGUCCACCUCCACUCCGGCCACGGGUGUGGCCGUACCACGGGCGUCCCCCUCAACGGGUGCGUCUACCUCAACUCCGGCCACGGGUGUGGCCGUACCACGGGCGUCCCCCUCAACGGGUGUGCCCACCUCCACAAUGGCCACGGCUGUGGUCCUACCCCGGGCGUCCUCCUCGUAGGACGUGCUCGGGUCUUCGUCAGCAACUAAAGUGGCCUCUGCGGGUUCGCCCGCCUGGACUGUUGUGGCAGCGACGUUCGAUCCGCCGCCGCCACCUAGCGUGUCCUCGGUGGAUCCGGGGACACAGGACUUAUCGACCCUCCACCAGGUCCUCCCUCCACCCUCCCUUCAUUUUCAGACUGUCUCAUUGUGGGAGAGGGUUCUCUUUAUUGCUGUUUUUUUUUGGGGGGCAUCUGGGAUCUGCCCCUUAAGGGGGGGGUAAUGUUGUGAUCCGGCUACCGGAUCACACAUCUCUAGCAUGUUUAUGUCCUUUUUGUAUUGUCCUAUGUUUUGAUCAUGUUUUGGACUCUACCGAUCCCGUUUGUUAGCGCACUUCCUUGUUUUGUAUUGUCACCAUGGCAACCUAAGUAUGCCUCCUGCACGGACUCAUUACGCACACCUGUUUUGAAUUAUUUGUGUUGUAUUUAAGACCACCUGCUACCUUAGUUCCUCCUGGCUGUUUUGUUUGCUACUUGCAACACGCACGUUGGUUCUUAUUUUUGUAAUCACUAUUGCUAAGUCUCGCCUUAGCUUUGCGUGCGCUCUGCACCUCUAUUCCUGUACUCUGCUCUCGUUGCUAAUUAUUAGCAUAGCUCUCCGUGCAUUCGGCACGCCUUUUCUUUGCAUUUUGUACCAGUAUUAUUUUUGUUUUUGUAUUAAAUCUAA